AUGGAGAGACAUCCCGGGAUAGUUCCCUGUAACACCAGAUACCGCAACUACAUGGACGAGAUGCUUUGCAUGCUCAACGAGAUCGAUUGCCGGAAACCGGAACCGGAAGUGUGCAACAUCAGCUGUCCGCCGUUUGGUUGCCCGCGAGGUCCCUGUCCAGGAAUGUGCUGCUACGACGGGACGUGCGAUCCUUGUUGCGUGUCACAAAUGCCCUGUUGUCCGCCGCCGCCGCCUCGUCCGCGUUGCAAAGCACCGCCGUUGUGUUACUUAAAGGCGUACGCCAGAUUCGUGGGCUGGCCUCCGGAAUCUCCGCUCUCGCCUCUUAGCGCGCGACUAUCGCGCAAACUGUGCUACGAAACGCUCGGCCAGAUUUGUCCCGCGUACAAUUGUCCGCCACCCAUCUGCUCCACGGUGCCGUUCUGUCCCUCGCCCUGUUGCAGGAUCCCAGCUUCCAAUCCCUACCCAAGUCCGUGCUGUUGA